AUGUCGCUCCCUAUCCCAUCUUUCGAUACUCCUUUUGGAGUUGCAUUAUGGCCACAUUUCGAUACCUUGGUGGCAUUUGUCACCAACGGUAGAUUUGUUCCAUCUCAAGUCGUAUUCACCCACGGUUGUGACUUACCUCUUUCCACUUUACCACCGGCCUUGUCCCUCAUCGCGCUCUACUAUGUCGUUAUAUUUGGUGGUAACUACAUUUUCAAAAAAUUCCAGAUCAAGCCCUUCGUGUUGAACGGUUUGUUCCAGGUGCACAACUUGUUCCUCACCACGUUGUCAUUGACCUUAUUGGUGUUGAUGUCCGAACAGUUGAUUCCAAUCAUCCAUCACCACGGGUUAUUCUACGCUAUUUGUAACGAAGGCGCUUGGACUCAACCUUUAGUUUGUCUUUACUACUUGAACUACUUGACUAAGUUUUGUGAAUUCAUUGAUACCGUUUUCCUCGUCGUAAAGCAAAAGAAGUUAACUUUCUUACACACCUACCAUCACGGUGCAACUGCCUUAUUAUGUUACACUCAAUUAUGUGGUUUAACCCCAAUCUCGUGGGUCCCUAUCGUAUUGAACUUGGGUGUUCACGUUGUUAUGUACUGGUACUACUUCCUUGCUGCAAGAGGCAUUAGAGUGUGGUGGAAGGAAUGGGUCACUAGAUUCCAAAUCAUCCAAUUCGUCUUGGAUUUGGGUUUCGUUUACUUUGCUACUUACCAAAAGAUCGUCUUCACCUACUUCUUUGGAUGGAAGGAUGCCUUACCAUUGGUCUGUGCUGACUGUGCCGGAACCAUGGUUGCAGCCUACUCAGGAUGUGCCAUUUUAUCCUCUUACUUGGUUUUGUUUAUUGCAUUCUACAUUGAUGUUUACAAGAGAAAGGGUUCUACCAGAUCCAAGAGAGUUAAGUCCAUUUCCGGUGGAAUUGCAGCUCAGGUCAAUGAGUAUGUCCACGUUUCUGGAUUUAAGAGUGACUCCCCAGCGCCAGAUGCCAACUUGAGAUCAAGAAAGGCUUGA